AUGUAUAGGGUUGCAUUGCUGCUUCCGGUGGUGGUGCUGCUGCUGCUGGUGCAGUUGCCAUCGUUCGUCGAGCCGGCACUCGCCGCCCAUGAAUUAUCGUUCCUGGUGCUAAGCCAACCGGCCCGGUACAAUGCAGCGCGGGCCCGGCAUCUGCGGCGGAGCAUCAUCGACCAGAUAAGGGAACUGGACCAGGAAAUUGCACCCAAUGAGCCGGACAACGUGUUCCUCACGCACGAGCUUUUCCCCGAGCGGGAGGGCGCGUGGGCGAUUACACCGAUCCUUGGCCACAUCCGGACCGCGGUGCUGAAGUCGGCGCACCGGACCGCCCGCUGGCUGAUCGUGUGCGAGGAGCAGAGCCACGUCAACGUGAGUCUAUUAGCGCACCAUUUGGCCGAGGAGGAUUACCGGGAGAAGCUUUUCCUCGGUUACCCACUGUACGAUCGGGAAGCGACCAUCAUUCAUCAUUUCGCGUUCUUCAAAAACCCAACCAGCUUCCUUUACCCGUACCUUAGGGCAGGCAUCGCCCUAACCGUGCCCUUGGUGGAUCAUCUCCUCGAGCUGCUUCCGGAUGGGGCACCGCGGCCAGCACUGUCCGAUUUCUUCAUCGACGCCGCCCACGAGUUUGCCCUGCUCGUCUGGCAACGUGGCAAGGGUUAUCCGCUUCAACCAAGGCGUUACCUUUGCGCCAAAGCCCAACCACAUUGUGCGAUCCAUGGCGCAGCGUGGAACCACGAAGGACUUCCCUCGACGCGCCAUUCGGACGAUGACAACGAGAGUAUCAGUUCCGAUACCUCCACCGAUGUCGAUCAUAUCAUGUUUGCCGUAAAAACAUGCCACAAGUACCACAAGGAUCGUAUACCCGCCCUGAAGAACACCUGGACCAAGUACGUGCAGCAUCUGCGGUACUUUAGCGACACCGACGAUCCAUCCAUCCCGACGGUCGUGACAUCCGUGCCUAACUCCAGCGCGGGCCACUGUGCCAAGACGCUCGAGAUUCUGCAGCUGAUCGGGGAUGAGCUUCGGUUCAACAGCAGCUUGCAUCCGGUACGCUGGGUAAUGCUUGUCGACGACGACACGAUUCUGAGUUCGUCCUCAUUGGCGCGGUUCCUGAGCAGCUACGACCCGAACAGGGAUCUGUACCUUGGCGAACGUUACGGUUACCAUCUGAUGGGUUCAGACGGUGGCUACAGCUACGUGACCGGUGGUGGUGGAAUCGUCCUUAGUGUGGCCAUCCUGGACGCAUUGCAGCGUACGUGCGAGUGCCCAUCGGCGUCCUCACCCGACGACAUGAUCCUGGCGGCGUGCCUGCAACGGCUUGGCGUCCGUCCCAUCCACUCACCACUCUUCCAUCAAGCCCGACCUUCCGACUAUCCUCCUGAGGUGCUCGAUCGUCACCACACGGUGUCCUUCCACAAACACUGGCAGAUCGACCCGCAGCAGGUGUACAACAGGUGGUUCCGGCAGCAGGAUGAGCGCCAUUUCGAACGCCACGUGGCGCGUCCAUUCGACUCCUGCCCACCGACCGUUAUGGGGGCGCUUUUCCAACACCCAAAUCGGCUCACGAACGGGGCUGAUCCUUGCCUUCGGCUACCACGGCACUUAGGCGCCCGCAACGAGAAUAACAGUGUGCGCGAGUUGGGUUCCCCGGAUGGAGAGCCGGAGCAUAAAAUGACACCACCGCAUCAACCCAACCGUGACGGGCAGCUGCCACAUCCGCAUCCGGCACGAUCCUUGGCCACGAACGCACACCCGCAGUGGUUCGAUCGGGAAAACCCCAAGCGUGUGGGACCGGCCAGGCCAACCCAAACCGAACCGCCCGAACAACACGGACUCGCACGCAGCACGCGCAAGUUGUGCGCAAGUAAUGAGCUUCAAUCAAAUGGCGACCUUUUGCUGAGGCCGCAAAACCUCCAAGAGUCGACAAACAUAAUCAAACACACCGAUUUGUAGGGGGCCCGUGGCGUGGCAGGAUACGGGUGCGCCUCGGAACCGCCGAAAUUAAUCGGCGAACAUUCGGCGGUGGAAACAUAUCACGAAGCGGAAGGGACUGUGAAAAGCGUCACGUCGGAAAGGGGGGCCUGCGUACGUGUGGUGGAAAUCCACCACGCACGGAGGCUCGUAUGAAAUGGGGUGGUUUAAUGUGCUUUCGAGAGGACGACAAAAAAAGGAACAACCCGAAAGCCACAUCCCCUAAAACCUUGCGGGGACACCGCGUAGGUCCACAUCAAAGAGGACGUGACUUGCUUAUACGAUAAAAUAAAGAUUAACGCGCGA